AUGUCGGACAUCGAAACAGGAUUCCUGUGUCUUAUGACACGUCCAACCGAGCCACUGUUUUAUCCGAAGUACAACGGCGAGGUCUAUAUGGAUCUGCCGAGCGAGUAUCUGCCGGAACGUUAUCAACACAUUGCAGACGCCAUCAAAGCCCACCACGGAUCGGUGGCGAAGCACCACAUCACGAUCAAACCGGUAGAGCUGCCGGACUUCAGCUACGCGGCCCGUGUACCGCGCGACGGUGACUUUAACCUGUUCAAUCCCGCCCAACGGCACACGGCGGGCCGGUUGAUAGCGGAUCUGAUCGGCCAACCCGACCCGGAAACGAUGCUAUCGGUGGCGGCUUAUGCGCGCGAUCGGCUUAACCCGAUCAUGUUCCAGUACGCGCUUGCGGUCGCGUUGGUGCAUCGGAAGGAUACGGGCACGGUACCGGUGCCAUCGUUUUUGGAAAUGUUUCCCACCCGGUUCGUCGACCCGGCCCUGUUUCCCAAGCUGCGCGAGGAGGGUUUCGCCGUGGAGCAGGGGCAACGGGUGGCCAUCGAGGUGCCGCACAAUGCUACUGCAUCGGAGUCCGAUCCGGAGCAGCAGUUGGCGUACUUCCGCGAGGACAUCGGUGUGAACUUGCACCACUGGCACUGGCAUCUGGUGUACCCGCAGGAGGGCCCGCUGGAGGUGGUUGGUAAGGAUCGGCGCGGUGAGCUGUUCUACUACAUGCACCGUCAGAUCACGGCGCGCUACAAUGUGGAACGGUUCUGCAAUCGAAUGCCGCUGACAAAACCGUUGAAAAAUCUGCGCGAACCCAUCCCGGAGGCGUACUUUCCGAAGCUGAUGAACAGUGCGCUGAACAGAACGUACCCCGGCCGGGCGGCCAACAUGGUGCUGAGCCAUGUCAACCGGCCGGAAGAUGACGCUGUCACGACCAUUCUGGAGCUGGAAGCAUCGUUGGGAAAGAUCAAGGAGGCAAUACAAUCAGGAUUCGCGCUUGCAGAGGACGGCACGCGGGUCCCGCUGGACGCAACGAACGGUAUCGAUGUGCUGGGAAAUCUCGUGGAAAACUCGGAACUUUCCGUCAAUGUGCCGUACUACGGUAACUACCAUUCGCUCGGCCAUGUCCUCAUCGGGUACAUCCACGAUCCGGACAACCUGUACCUCGAAGGGCACGGUGUCAUGGGUGAGUUUACGACGGCGAUGCGCGAUCCCACCUUUUACCGCUUCCAUCACCACGUGGACGAUGUGUUCGAUAUGCACAAACGGAAGCUUCCGUCGUACAACGAGCAGGAGCUUUCGUUCCCCGGCGUAUCGAUCGUGGACGCUACGGUACAGAUCACGAGCGGCAAGGCGGCCAGAAACCGGUUGCUUACCUACUGGCAACGGACGCAGGUGGAUCUGGGGACGGGGUUAGACUUUGGCCCGCAUGGUAACGUGGUGGCAACGUUUACCCACAUCCAGCAUGCGCCCUUCGCGUACCAAAUCAUGGUGCACAAUGAAACGGCCGAGCAGAAGAAGGGCACGGUGCGGAUCUUUCUGGCCCCCAUUUACGAUGCCCAGGGCGAACAGUUGCUGUUGAGUGAGCAGCGUCGUUACGUGGUGGAGUUGGACAAGUUUGUAGUGAGCUUGCAUCCGGGUGAGAAUAGGAUCAUCCAACAGUCGGAUCAAUCGAGCGUGACCAUACCGUACGAAAGGACUUUCCGGCGAAUCGAUGCAUCCAACAUGGCCGGCUCGGAAAACUUUCGGUUCUGCAACUGUGGCUGGCCUGAUCAUAUGCUGCUGCCCAAGGGCCAUCCCGAUGGGCAACCGUUCGAUCUGUUUAUUAUGGUGUCUGACUACAAGGAUGAUGCAGUUGGUCCGGGUUUUAAUCCGAACGAGAACUGCAACGACUCACACUCGUACUGUGGCUUGCGGGAUCAGCUGUUUCCCGACCGUCGCGCCAUGGGCUUUCCCUUCGAUCGUUUGCCGUCUGCCCAGGAUCACUUGAUGAACGAUUUUGUUGGCCGAUUUUCCAACAUGAGUCGCACCGUUGCGGAGGUGCUGUUUACCAACACGGUCAUUUCGCGUACAUAA